UCUCCCUUUAACCUUCACGCACGCAGCCCCAUUUUUCAAGACAUUCUGCCCGGCUUUGUUAUCUUGGGGCUGCUCUUUCCCAAUUAUGGCAUUCGCUGCGAUAAAUUCAUCGGCUCCGAAAAGUAUUCCAGCCAUUGAAGAUGCCUUCGCCGCCCAACCCUCUCUGAAGAAACGAGUUUAUGAUGCGAUCGGGACUACCCCACAAUAUAUACCUCUUUUCGAGGACAUUGCUAGAUAUACCUCCAGCCUACUAGCCAGGAAUGCGAGCACUCCCGUUCAGCCCGUGGAGAUGUCUACCGACGGCCCUGUUGCGAAGAAGCGAAAGUUACAGAAUGGAGAUGCUGCAGGACAGGCACAGUCUCCAGGCGAUCUGAAAGCCAACGCGCCAUUACAAUUUUAUAUGCAGGAUGUUUCAUUCGCUGUUCCGCAACGGAAAAAGCUUACGCUCGAGAUCACCGCAGGGCGCGGUUUCCUUCGCGCGAGAAAUCAGACGUCGAAGGCAGUGGAGUUUGGCAUCCACAUGGACAAAAUACAACAUGUCCUGUGCCUCCCUGUCCCCGAGAAAAAUCAGAAGCAAUUUAACUUCUGCAUCAUCCCCCAGUAUGGUGAUGGAAUAAAUUCACCACCGGAAGGUGAACCUUCCCCCGAGGCGAUGGUGUGGACGGUCUCCGAUGGUCCUCCCAAGGCCGCAUUCUCGGGGAAUGGACAGCAGAUUGGGAACAAGGAUGGAGAGUCGGCUGAAGAUGUUGUUAGACAGGUGUUGAAUGAGAAUCUGUCGCAGGCAAAGGUGGUGCGACCAGAUGAGAGGGAGUUUGUCAGUGCCAUGUCUGAAGCGCAUCGUAAGGGAGAGAAAGCCUAUCACGUCAAGGCUUUCCGUGGUAGUAAGGAAGGUUAUCUCUUCUUUCUCUCCACGGGCGUACUGUUCGGAUUCAAGAAGCCCUUGGUCUUUUUUGCUUUCGAGAAUAUCGAUUCAAUCUCGUACACCUCUGUGCUCCAGAGAACCUUCAACCUGAAUGUGGUGGCCCGACCUACUUCAAGUGAUGAAACGCAGGAAUUGGAGUUUUCUAUGAUCGACCAGGCCGAUUAUGCCGGUAUCGAUGCCUACAUUAAGAAGCACGGUUUACAAGAUGCUAGCCUUGCAGAAGCACGACGUGCGAAGCGAUAUAACAUCAAUGGGGUGAAAACUGAGGAAGAGGAUUUUGUGAAUGCGGAAGGUGCUCUCGAAGGGGAAAGCGAGCUGCAGAAAGCCCAGCGCGAGCUGGAAGAUCAGGAAGAUGAGGACGAAGAGGACUACGACCCCGGCAGCGAUGCUGAUAGCGACGGUAGCGGCUCCAGCAGCGAGGAGGAUUCGGACGAAGACGGCGAUGAUGACGAUGAUGAUGCAGAUGAUGGUGAGGAAGGGCAAGACCUCGUUGCGAAUGAGCUUGGAAAUGAGGCGGAAGAUGUUCCUGCUGACCAGCUGUGACGGAGCACUUGUCAUACAUUAAAUAAUGUACGAAACGUUCGAUGUUAUAUGGUUGCGAUGCCAUAUUCACAAUGGAUGCUCCGCGAGUCAGUAUAGUCGAUCAUGGCAUAGGCCUUUUGGCGGUUUGUCUUAACCACCUUCGCAUUGUGUCCUUGCAAUAGCCAUCCGUCAUGCAGCAUGUAUCGGUAUGAUACUCUAUACCUGGAUCAACUUCAGUAAGAACCCUGCAGGAACUAUGCACAUAUAUCAUAGACCGAUGUUACAUGGCCUCAGUCCAAUCAGUCCAUUCCACGUAGAACCGUUUCAAGGCUGCAUGUUGUGGGUUUCAGACGUCAGGAAGCGCACCAUGGCCCUCCAAGAGAAUACCUCCCUCCGAAGUCUGCUCGGUGGGUCGUCUACGUGUCAGAUGGAGAAUUACAAGUCUUUCAUGGCGGUUCUAUGUUAAUGUACCCGCCUGUCAACAUGCAUACAUAUCGUAUGGUUUCAUGUCCUGUCGAAAGACGUCUGCAGUGCAAGGUCACGAAUCAACAACGCUAUUCAUCGCACACGGACAGUGUCCCCCAAUGACCCCGCGCCUUCUAUUGACUAGGAUUUGCAUCCUUCAUCGGCAAAAUGCCCACUGAAUUCCUGGCGCUCUGUGUUGCUUCCUGUGCGAUAUAUUGGAUAUUGGCCUUUGUCGAAUGGCG